AUGUGGGGUCUCAACCAUUCCUUAGCGUUGUUGGAUAACCGUGACAUACCAUGGAAACAGGUAAUUGUGGGGAUUACUCUCGGGAACUUUGUGUUUCAACGUUACCUCGAUUACCGUCAAUAUCAAGUGUUAAAACGCAAAACUCCUCCAGCAACACUCAAAGCCGAAAUAACACAGGAGAAUUUCGAUAAAUCUCAAGAUUAUUCAAGAUCCAAAAUGAAAUUCAAAUGGCUUGCACUGACUUUUAGUGUUGUUGUUGACCUCAUUGAAAUAAAGUACAACUUAAUUGCAAAAUUCUGGUCAAUUGGUGGAUCACUUCUCACUAAAUUGAGUCCUAUUCUUCCUUCAUUCAUGGGAGGUCCCAUUACCCAGUCAUUGUGUUACUUGUUUGUCUCGCUGGUCGCCCAUCUGUUACUCGAAUUACCAUUCGACUAUUAUGAAAACUUCGUGGUUGAAGACCGUUAUGGUUUCAACAAGAUGACGCCCAAAUUAUUCUUCACUGACUUUAUUAAGACGUAUUUUGUGACUGCAGCACUAGUUGUGCCUUUAGUCUCUGCGUUUUUGAAGAUUGUUGAUCACUUUGGAAGCAAUUUUAUUUUGUAUGCAACGGGUUUAUUCUUGGUGUUUACUUUGGUGGUUCAAACUGUCUAUCCUACGUUUAUUGCCCCUCUCUUUAACAAAUUCGAGCCUUUAGAGGAGGGCGAAUUGAAGAUUGCUAUCGAAAAUCUUGCUAAAGAACAGAAGUUCCCACUCACAAAAUUGUACAAGAUUGACGGUUCUAAAAGAUCCGCUCACUCGAAUGCUUAUUUUGUGGGUUUGCCUUGGUCCAAGCAAAUUGUGCUUUACGAUACUCUCAUCGACCAUCUGACAACAGCGGAAGUGGUCGCUGUUUUAGCUCACGAAAUUGGGCAUUGGAAAUUGUCACAUUUGCCGAAGAUGUUAGCGUACUCUCAGGCAAGUCUUGCUUUCACCUUCACCUUGUUCAAUGGUUUCAUCAAUAAUGGCCUGUUAUAUGAAGCCUUUGGAUUCAAUACUACCAGACCGGUGAUUAUUGGUUUUUCAUUGUUCCUGUAUUUAUUUCAACCAGUUCAGGCCAUAACGACUUUCAUUACUCACUUGUUGUCUCGCAAACAUGAAUAUGAAGCUGACAACUACGCAAAGAAAUGUGGAUUCGAAAAAGACUUGUCUUCAUCUUUGAUCAAGUUGACAAACGAAAACUUGCUGUAUGUCGAAGCAUACUGGUUAUACUCUGCCUAUCACCGCUCUCAUCCCUUGCUUCUGGAACGUUUAGCCGCUUUAAACUAUGUACCUCUGGGAAAGGUCGGAAAGGGAAUCUCGCCGUUGAAACAACAAGAAGAAGAAGCUCAAGAGCAGCUACUUAAGAAGGAUGAUGAGAAAAUCAAACAGAGAGAGAAAGCUGAUGGAUUGAAAAUGGAGUAG